AUCUCUUUCGGUCUUUUCCAAUAUUCGCAGGGCCAUUAAAAGAUCUUCAACAGCACAGUGAGCAACGGUGACUCAAGGUUGCUGACCAUCAAGGCCGAAAGGCUUUAGGCAAAUGGAGAGUUUCAUUAAUGGAUCAUCAUCAAGGCCGAUCCAUGUGUAUCUGAGUUUCAGAGGAGAUGAUGAGACUUGCAGAUUCACAGAUAGGCUUUGGGCUGCUCUUGAAAGUAACGAUUUGAAUACCCUUUUGGGAUGACAAGAAGCUUGAACCCAGUGAUUCCAUCUUUCUUCCACGUCACUUUCUCAAAGCAAUUCGACAAUCCAACAUUUCCAUUGUUGUCUUCACCAAAAGCUAUGCUUCUUCCACAUGGUGCCUUGAGGAGCUCUCUGAGAUUGCUGCGCACAUUCAUGAACCAUGAUACAAUGUUUUCCCGAUUUUCUAUGGUGUAGAUCUAUCAGAGGUACAAAACCAGAGUAAUUUUUUUGAAAAAGCUUUUGCUGAACGUGAACAAAGGUUCACAUCAAAUUUACGCAAGGUGCAAAGCUGGAGGUUGGCAACGAAGCGAGAGGCCAACCUCUCUGGCUGGGAUGUACAAUCUGACUCAAGACCGCAAGGUAUUGAUGACAUGGUUGGAGAGAUCAAGAAAAAAAUGCGUGAAUUAAUUUAUGCCGACGUUGACCUCGUGGGAACACAAUCUAGAGUGAAAGAAGUAGAAAAGCUUCUAGACUCGGGUACAAAUGACGCAGUUCGAGUUGUGGGCAUUUGUGGUAUGGGUGGAAUAGGAAAGACAUAAAAACUAUAAAAAUUAGCUAUAAAAACUAGUUUGUUAGGUGAAGGGAGUAGGAUCAUUAUAAAUAAGAGAUGAAAGAGUCUUUCAUGUGUUUGAGAGGCACAGUAUUAUAGGGUUAAAUUAUUGACUCAAGAUGAAACUCUUCAGUUACUUUGUAGAAAAGCUUUCAAAGUUAUUUUCCCCUUAGAGGUUACGAUGAGUAAUAAAUUGUGUACUCGAAUAUGCUAAUAGCCUUCCAUUAACAAUUGUAGAAUUGGGCUCAACUUGUAUAAUAGGAAACCUUCAGAAUGGGCCAUGAUUGACCUUGAAAAGGUUGCUAACAAUGUUAUAAUGAAAAUCCUGAAAAGAAGCUUUGACGAACUAUAAUACAUAUGAAGGAAGCAUUUUUAGACAUAGCAUGCUUCUUCAUAGGGAAGGAGAUUAAAUUUAUAGAAGGAAUUUUGCGUUCUUUUGAUUUUCUUGGGAUUCAGCUUUCAGUUGAAAAAAUCACUCAUCACCAUUAUAGAUCAAAAAAUACAAAUGAUGCAUAGUUUGCUUCAACAAAUGGGGAGAGAAAUUGUUCAGCAUAAAUUCCCUUCUGAGCCAGAAGAGUGAAGUAAAUUAUGGAACUUCGAUGAUAUUUAUUGUGUUAUGCACAGUAACAAGGCUACUUUUAAAGUUGAAGCUAUAGUCUUGGAUCUAGAAGAUUCACAAAGGAGUCAGCUAAGGAUCAAAAAUUUAUCACGAACGAGCAGAUUUAGACUGCUCAUAUUUCGUAACGUGAAAUUUUCUGGAGUUCUAAAGCAUCUUUCAUAUAGGCUCCGAUAUACUUCAUGGCACCAAUAUCCUUUCACUUCUUUGCCAUCAUAUAUUUUUUAUCCAUAUUCUCUCAGGGAAUUCAUUUUGCUUGAUAGCAGCAUCACAAGCAUAUGGGAUGAAGAAAAGGUAUCUCCCCACUCACAGUUACCAACACACACUGAUGUCCGCCAUUGGAGACGAGAAAAGAUUUUCUAUUGCUCGAGAAACAUGAAUCUUUGUGGCUCCAAAGAUUUAACCAAGAUGCCAAAUUUUAAAGAAUUUCCUGAACUUGAGAGGCUAGACCUUGAAGGACAAUGCACGAAAUUGUCAAAGCUUGAUCCGUCUGUUGCUCAUUUUUCAGAGCUCAGAUUCUUAAAUUUGAGAAAUUAUACUAAUCUUGGUAGUAUUCCAAAUAAGUUAUUUUCAUUACCUUCGUUAGAAAUUCUAAAUUUGACUUGUUGCUCCAAGUUUGUUAGUUGUCUGGACUUUUCUUCUCUUGAGGAGGUUGGUGAAAGAGAAAUUAUUCAGCAACCAUUUCCUCAGAAAAGACAAAAGCUAUGUGGAAACAAAUCUAUUUAAAUGCACUAUGGUACUCAAAAAAUGAUUGUAUAAGUAAUUAAUCGAGCUUGUUUACCAUAGAUCUGAUCCUCUCUUUCUCUUA